AUGCAGAAUGCAAGGUUUUUCUGCACACGAAUUUGGGUUYGGAUGCACCAUUAUUUUGUGAGGCUGUGUCAGCGCCUCCGAAAAUUCUGGAAGGUCACUAUCAAGGGCUAUUUUGCUGAGGAGGAGGAAGAAGUUCAUAUGUCUUCAGCUGAGAGUAUUUUUCACAAAGAAAAAAUGCUGGCACUUGGCAACAUCUUGAAGAAUCAGCUUCUACCCUUUGAAGCGAGAGCCCAGGCUGCCCAGAAAAUUGGGCUGCUGGCUUUCACAGGUGGACCCGCAGCUGGGAGAUUUGCAGCUGAGUACAUGAAAGAAAUAGCUAACUUGUURCAAAAUGAGGAGGUGUCACCAAAGGUGAAGGUUCUGCUGCUCCAGAGCGUGGCAUGUUGGUGCUACUUAAACCCUGUCAGCCAGAGAAAAGCCAGACACCUGAAAUUUAUUCCCAUUCUCACUCGGUUUUUGGAACACCAUCUUCAGUCUACUGUCAAAAGUGAAAUCAAUAGUGACCUCCUUGUUAAAUUUUGGACGUGUUAUGCUCUGUCUGUCAUGACGUGCAAUAACUUAGCAUUCAUGAAGGAGCUUAAAGACUACAAUAGUCUAAGAUGUAAUUUGCAACUGUUGGCUACAGAGAAUUGGUCUGGAUGGCCUGAGAAUUUUGCAGAAGUGCUGUAUUUCCUAAUAGGUUUUCACAGGAAUUGA